AUGGUGUCAAUAGCUACGUACGUUUUCUUGGAUCUUGAAACCACCGGUUUGCCAGUUGAAGAGACAAAUCGCACAAAAAUUACAGAAUUAAGUAUGGUGGCGGUAAAACGACAGCAUUUAUUAUUGACCCGUGCCGGUGCGGCCCCUAGGGUACAGAACAAGCUUACUAUUUGUUUUAAUCCUGGUAGAAUGGUGCAGCCGGGAUGCACAACUACUACUGGCCUUUGCAAUGACCUCCUCGAGCAUGAAACAAAAUUUAAUGAAGAUGCUUUCAAUGCAAUAAAUUCAUUCCUAAACAUUCUUACCAAACCGGUGUGCCUAAUCGCUCAAAACGGUCACAAUUUCGAUUUUCCCAUUCUUAAAAAUCAUUUAGUUAAAUUAUCUGUGAAAUUUUCCGAUGAUCUUUUAUGUGCUGACUGUUACCAUGCCUUUUACGAUAUAUUGGAAAAAGUGAAGAUACCUCAGUCAUGGAAAUCUGUGAAGCAAGAAAAUCAAGAUAAAAGUAGUGAAGAGAGUUUAACAAAGAUGGAUCCAAAGCAAAAAGUUGGUACAGAUGAGGAACUUGAUAAUAAAGACCACAAAAAGUCAAUGCAAGAAAUAAAUGAGACUACUCCGAAGCACCAAAAAAUAAAAAUCACUGGAGUACCACGAAUAGGUGAACUACAGAGACUGUCCAAAGUACGCAGAAGAUUUCCUUGGAGUGAUGGAACAAAACCGAGAGAUAGUUACAAACUAAAGGACAUCUAUGAAAGAGUGCUGAAUCUUCCAGGUAUAGAAGCUCAUCGUGCUGAAAAUGACUGCAUAAUGGCUUUACAAGUGUCUGUAGCCUUGGCUAAAGAUUUUGUGGAAUGGGUUGAUGCUAAUCACUGCCCGUUCGCCGAGGUAAAACCAAUGACUGUUGGAGUUAGACUUGGCGAAUAA